ACGCCUCUCUCUCUCUCUCUCUCUCUUUUCUUUCUUUCCUCUCUUUUUCUCCCUUCUUUUAGUUGAAGAAGAUGUGCGGCGGAGCCAUCAUCUCCGAUUUCGUUGAUACGACCUGCCAUCAGAGCCCAGUCGUGGACGAUAACCUCUGGCCUGAGUUCGACACCUUCUCCGAGCUCCUCGGUCUCGACGCCUCGACUGGAAACUACCUUUUCAACAACUCUCCGACCAACAACAACCUCCAACAACAUUCUCACGUGAAAAGUGAGAAGAAAGAAGAAUGUGAGGAAGCAGGAGGGGAAGUUGCAGAGGCAGUGGCAGAGGAGAUGAAGAAACGACCGCAGAAACAGAGAGUUCGGAAGAGCAAAUACAGAGGAAUCCGGCAGCGGCCAUGGGGGAAAUGGGCGGCGGAGAUUCGAGACCCACAAAAAGGACUCCGCGUCUGGCUCGGAACCUUCAACACCGCCGAAGAAGCAGCCGCAGCUUACGACCAAGCCGCCAUACGAAUCAGAGGAAAAAAGGCCAAACUCAACUUCACCCACCCACCGCCGUCUCCUCCGCCGCCGCCCGCCGUCCAACUCUCAAGCCUGGAAUCCUUUCUGGGCCUGGACCCCUCGCCGCCGCCGGUGGAGCCCAUGGCCGACCUCUGGUGGGCCGAUGACCUUCUCACAUAUCACCACCAAAAUCUCCCCCUCCCCUUUUGAAAGAGGAAUUGCAAAAUGGGUUCCGAACUUCAACUUCUGUUAAAUCAUGUAAAUCAAUAAGAAAGAAAAGAAAGAAGAAGAAGAAUCAAGCUAAAUACAUCUAAAAUUUUUAGGAGGGGUAUUUUAUGAUAUUUGAUUUAUGUCGUGUUUACUCUCA